AUGGAAAGCCACACGAUUACACGGGAAGAAUACUUGCCAAAGAAGGGUGAGCGAUAUCAAGUGAGGAAACCAGAAGAUUCGAAUAUUCUUAAGGGUGAUGGUCCGUUUAGUGCAGAAACGGAUAAAAUUGUGGAAUAUGUGCAGAAAAAAGGCGAAAGAUACCAAGCCAUUAAGCAAGGAAGUUCAGAUAUUUGGAAGAGAGAAGGUGCGAUGAAUGCAGAAAGUGUAACACACCAAGAAUACUCUGGUAAUAAGGGUGAACGAUACGACGUGAAAUUACCAGAAGAAUCAAAUAUCCUUCGAGGAGAUGGUAUUUUUGUUGAUGAAACGAGUAACAGCAGUGAUUUCGUUGCCAAAAAAGGUGAACGCUUCGAGGCAGAAGGAGCGAUAGAUGACCAUACAAUAACUCAUCAAGAAUAUUCGGUGAAAAGUGCUGAACGCGUCACAGCAGUAAGACCAAAAGAUUCGAAUUUACUCAAAGGUGAUGGCACGUUCAUUGCGGAAACACACAAAGCAACUGAAUACACAUCCAAGAAAGGUGAACGCUUUGAAGUGAUGCGUCAAGGAAGUGCGGAUAUCUGGAAGAAUGAAGGUGCAAUGGAUUCAGAUACAGUCACGCAUCAAGAAUACUCGGGAAAGCAAGGUGAACGUUACCAAACAAAGAAACCGAAGGAUUCAGAUAUUCUGAAGGGCGAUGGUUCGUUUAUCGCGGAAACAGAUAAGAAUGCCGAAUACACCCAAAAGAAAGGCGAAAGGUUC